UCUAACUCACUUUUGUGUCUACCUUUAGGAUAAAUAGUAAUAUCAGUGCUCUAUGGAAAGUUAUAAUCAAACAUCAACUGAUUUCAUCUUGCUGGGGUUAUUCCCUCCUUCAGGAAUUGGCCUGUUUCUUUUUAUUCUCAUUGCUCUCAUUUUCCUAGUGGCAUUAUUUGGCAACCUCUCCAUGAUCCUUCUCAUCUGUCUGGACACCCAUCUCCACACCCCCAUGUAUUUCCUACUUAGUCAGCUCUCCUUCAUUGACCUGAACUACAUCUCCACCAUUGUCCCCAAAAUGGUCUCCAAUUAUCUGUUUGGAAACAAAGCUAUCUCCUUCAUUGUGUGUGGGGUUCAGAGCUUCUUCUUCUUGACUCUAGGAGGUGCAGAAACACUGCUUUUGACAUCUAUGGCUUAUGAUCGUUAUGUGGCCAUUUGCUUCCCUCUGCACUAUCCCAACAGGAUCAGCAGAAGAGUGUGUGUGUUGAUGAUAACAGGAUCUUGGAUAAUGGGCUCUAUCAACUCCUGUGCCCACACCACAUAUGCCCUCCACAUCCCUUACUGCAGGUGCAGGGCCAUCAAUCAUUUCUUCUGUGAUGUCCCAGCCAUGCUGACUCUGGCCUGCAUGGACACGUGGGUCUAUGAGUACACCGUGUUUGUGAGCACCACCCUAUUCCUCGUGCUGCCUUUCGUCAUUAUUGCAUGUUCCUAUGGCCAUGUUCUCCUUGCUGUCUACCUCAUGCGCUCAGCAGAAGGGAGGAAGAGGGCCUAUUCAACCUGCAGCGCCCACCUCACUGUGGUGACUUUCUACUAUGUGCCCUUUGCUUACACUUAUCUGCGCCCAAGAUCCCUUCGAUCUCCAGCAGAGGACAAAGCUCUGGCUGUCUUCUACACCGUCCUGACCCCAAUGCUCAACCCUAUUAUCUAUAGCCCGAGAAACAAGGAGGUGAUGGGGGCCUUGAGAAGAGUGAUUCAGAGAAUUUGCUCUGUGAAUAUGUAG